CGCUUGUGUAAACUGUUAUUACGCUUGCCAUCGAAACUGUUUGGAAUGUUCUACGCCGUCGUGCUGUUAGCAUUGUGAAACGGCUUUUCCCGCCCGGGUGCUGACUUUCACUUCGUUUCGAACCCGUUCAACAAUAUCUGCUUUGUCCAUAGCAACGAUGUCUCCCGAUGAGCUGGUGUACUUGGGAGUCCUAGCAGCCUCCAUCCCGCUUGGAUUCCUUUUCCGUUACCUCAGUCCUCCUGUAAAGCAGGGGGCUGCCAUGCUUCUGGGCCUCUCCAUUACUAUCGCCACCUGUCAAGUGCACACCCUCCACUCGCUCGUGACGGUGAUCGGAACGUGGAUUAUUAUCAAGAGUAGCUGGAGGCUGGCGCCCGCGUUGAGUCUCGCCUGGACUUUUCUCUACCUCCUCUUCUUCCGGCUGGUCACGUGGUUCAGUUUGUCAGCGCCGACACCUUUUGCCAACGCCGUCCAGCUGCUUCUCACUCUCAAGAUGGUGAGCCUGGCCAAUGAGGUACACGGCUUCCACGUGGAGAAGAAGAAGGAAGUGAGCUCCUUCGGCAGGUCUUCGGUCGUUGCUCAUCUGUCUCGGGAGCCGUCGCUGUACGACAUCAUGUCCUACAGCUACUGUUACGUGGGCGUCAUGACAGGCCCAUUUUUUCGCUUCCAAACUUACACCGACUGGCUGGAGCAGCCCAAACCGUUGGCCCUGCCCGGCUGGGUGCCGUGCCUGCAGCGGCUGAAGCUGGUGCCCGUCUACGGUGCGCUCUUCCUGGCUGUAAACUCCGCCUUCCCGCUGGCUUAUGUCCGCACCCACCAGUUCCUGGAUCACAAUUUCUUUUUCAGGUUUUUCUACAUGGUGGCGGUGUUCUUCGCGUUCAGGAUGCGUUUCUACGCCGCCUGGUGCGGCGCAGAGGCCGGAUGCAUCAGCGCCGGUCUGGGCUGCUAUCCAGAACGGGCUCAGUGCAAACCGGGCGGAGGACCCACCGUCCGCUACAGCGUCGACUCAUUGGCCGAGGAGACGUACGACUUUAAGACCAUCCAGAACAUCGACUGCUACAACACGGACUUCUGCGUGAAGGUGCGCCACGGCAUGCGCUACUGGAACAUGACGGUGCAGUGGUGGCUGCACCACUACAUCUACCCCAACGCCCCCUUCAAGUCCUACGCGCUCAGGGCGGGCUGGACCAUGUUCAUCAGCGCCUACUGGCACGGCCUCCAUGCCGGAUACUACCUCUCCUUCCUCACCAUCCCGCUUUGCAUCGCCGCCGAGUCGGCCAUGGAGGCGUCGGUCCGCGCCCGGCUAGGCCCCCGCGGUCAGAAAAUCUUCGACGGGAUCCACUGGUUCCUGAAGAUGCGAGCCUACGAUUACAUGUGCAUGGGCUUUGUGCUGCUCAAAGCCUCCGACACCAUCAGCUACUGGUCGUCCAUCUACUUCGCCGUGCACGUGCUGGCUGUGGGCUGUAUGAUAGUGUGCGGGGUCCUCGAGGGAGCCAGGCGAGGAGACAAGGGGAAGACAGAUAAGUCCAAAAUAACACGUGACGACAAAACUGAAAAACACCACUGAAUGGGAUGUCGCUUGACUCAACUGGAGGGACGGGAGGCGGCGUUUGCUCAAGACUUUUACACAUCACACGUUUCUGGACAUGUUCAUUCUUGCUAUGCGAUACAAGUGACCCAGCUUUGAAUUUUUCCAAGAUACGAGCUGUCGUCGGGCUGAUUUGGGUGGCGGCGAACUCAACUUAGCUCGACUCGACUCACUUCACAACAUAUAUGAGUUUCAUUUAAAAAAAAAAAAA